AUACUUGGUACGGUAGCUACCGUAGCGGCUUGUAUCGAUAGUGGUACCAGUACCCUACUCAUCUAUCAUCAUCAGAAGAUUGCACGGCACCACCAUGACGGACAAGGUUUGCAUAACACUGGGCAGUGACAGUGAGACCAAGCGAGCCCUUGGCCGCUUUCGCAAUCUGAGUUUCAAACUGAAGAAUGUGGAUUCGUCGAUUGAAGUCAAGGCCACUCGCAACUUUGCCGCAUCCGUGUUUGACUGGGAGGAUUUGAUGACCAGCGUGGCGGCAUUGCCUCGUCUCUGUACGUUUCGCAUGAAGUUGCUCCGUAGCGGCGCCGCUGUCCCAAGUCGCUUCAUGGAACCCUUGUUGGAGAAUAGCAGAACGUUAUUAUUAGUGUCAUUGGUUUUGGUGAAUGUCAAUUGGAGUGGACCGACUCUUGGCCUGAAAGAAUUGGCUUCGCAGCUACAGGCAUUGACGAGUCUGCGGUUGGUUUGGUGCUGUACCAACUCGGCCAACCAAGCGGGAAAUGAUUGUCUGUCGCAUUUCUUGGCGGGCAUUGCCCAAAUCAAGACUUUGAAAUCAGUGACAUGUGCCAAUUGUGGGUUUGCACGAGAGCCGUUGAUCUGCCAAGCAUUGGUGGCACUCAUGAACAAUCGCAGUCUGGAGAACUUGACCAUCAAAAAUUGUCACAAUGUCACGAGCAAUACAUUGCUGUCACCAUUGCAGGAACUCCAGGAAAAUAAUAACAACACAACCAAACUGAAACAACUUACAUUGGAUCCGUGGGGUUCGUUUUUGGACGACUGUCUCGUUAGAAUAGGAGAAAUGCUACUGGUCAAUCAAACAUUGCAAGACUUGUCCAUGGAUUGUGGCGAUGCCAGUCUCAUGCCCAUUGCCACGGCCCUGGAUACCAACCGGACACUCCAAAACUUUUGUUUGUUUGGAAUGGAUCGACAGUUUCAGCCGCCUGACGCCCUUGUGGCUCACAAAUUCACACACGCCCUGAAAACCAACUACGUCAUGCGACAUGUCAAAGUAGCGGGUACGGAAGCGUAUUGGAGUCAUGAUAUGGAUUACUACUUGCGCCUCAACCGGGCAGGCCGCCAUUUGUUGUUCGAAAACGAAACGGCAACGGCGGCAGAUUGGAUCCAGGCAUUUAUCGAUUGUUCCCAUGAUACGCCAGCCGUGUACGAACUGAUUCUUCGCAAUCCGUCGGCCCUGACUAGCACUGUGGAACUGCCACCAGCAAGUCGCCAACCGGAUAAGGAUCGUUCAACGCCAAAACAUGUGGAUGGCGAGGAUGACGACAAUGAUAGCUCCGGCAUUCCACAGCAACAAAAGAAGAGAGGCAAACAACAACAAGUCGACCGUGACUUGAGCUCUUCGGAAGAUGCAUCCUCCUGUAAAGAGAAAUCUCACCUUCCAAAGAAGAAACAACGGCGGCGACAGAGCCAUUCAUCGAGCUCCUCCUCGGGCUCAGAGUCACCGAUGGUACGAAAGCCAAAGAAAACCAAAGCAAAGCGGCGACAGAGACAUCCAUCGUCCAGCUCCUCCUCGGGCUCAGAGUCACCCAUCGUGCGGAAGCCAAAGAAAUCAAAGGCGUCGUGUUCUAGCUCGGAGGAUGACAGUGAUGAUAGCUCAAGCCAGAUGCGUCGUCGUGCACGCCAAAGGGGCAAUGCUAAUACUAAGAAGGGGCGAACAAAGUACGCUUCGAUGCUAGAUUCGGAUGAGGAGGACGACUACGACUUGAAACGACAAUCUCGAAAGAAGAAGCGGGUGACUAGCACUAAGUCCUCCUCCUCGAGCUCAAGUAGUGAGUAUGAGCACAUUCAUUCGUACAAGCAACAAUCUCGCAAGGUGAAGAACAACAAGAACAAGCGGGGAACACAUGAGCGCUCUGGCAACACAAAGAAGAAGAGGGGAACAUUGUCCAAGAAGUCGGAUGUUGUUGAGGACAAGACUGGUUUCCAGCAGUGGCUCGAAAUGGAGAAGAAAAAGAAACAGGGACGGGGACGUGGCAAAUGCUACAAAUCAGAGGAUAGUGAUGACAGCAGCGAUUGA